AUGAAAGACAAGGACGAUACUGGUAUCAGCAAGAGCAGCAGCAAGAGCAGCAGCUCCUCUGAAGAUUCAGAUGAUCUGGAACUGGCGAUAGCCAAGAGCAAGGAAAAGAUGGUACUAGUAGGAGGGCAUGUACAAGUUCCAGUAGGGAUAGCAGUGGAUCAAGAUGAUAAUCAAGAUGAUGAUGCCAAGCAGUUUCAAGUGGAUCAAGAUGAUGACCUUGCUAUUUUAAAGAUGAAAGCUACUAGUGAGAAGGAUGAGCUGAUUGUGACCAAGAUGUAUCCAGUGGCGCACAGUACUGCCAGGGCUGGUGGCAUUCUAGUAGAGGAGGAAGAUGAUGUGGAUGAGAAUGUGGACAUGGAUCUGAUGGAAAUAGUGCAGCUGAGAAGUCUGGAAGCCAGCAUCAAUAGAGAUAUGGAACUGGCAGUGCCUCAGACGCGAAUGUCUCGUUCCAACGGUGUGGCUGUCUGGCGAGAGAGCAUUCCAGGCGCUUUUCCAAUGGAUGGAAUUGCCAGUAGUGGACAAGGGCAGGCAACUGGCCUGGAGGAUUCGUCGGAUGAAACUCAGUCAACUGCCACUGAUGCUCCUCCUCAGAAUGACAAUCCCACGGCAGCAGCUUCAGACAUUCUCAAUGCCCUGGUAGAAGCGCAACCAGUCGAUCCAAAUGCCACAGAUAACCUGGGAGUGGCGCAACCCAUGCCCCGACCAGACCAAAAAGACAACAGUUUUUGGCAACGGCACGGCAAGGAUAUUCUCAUUGGAUCACUGGUGCUGGCACUUAUUUUGGGAUUUGUCUUUGGCUUUGCUGUGGGGCGGGACACUUCUACUGCGACUACCACAACCACUACUACAAUCAUCAAUACCAAUACAGCUCCCACCAGCACUCCCUCGUGGGCGCCCACAUCAUCUCCCACUCUUUCUCCCACGCAAUUGGUCCUGGACGCAUUGCCCGACUUUACAUUGGCAGCCCUCGCCGAUCCCGACAGUCCACAAUCCAAAGCUUAUCAGUGGCUGCUGGACGAUGAUCAAGACUUGGACGAGUAUCCCCAGUGGCGUCGUCUCCAACGAUUCGCUCUGGCCACACUCUAUUAUUCCACCAAAGGACAUUUGUGGGAACGAACCGAUGGUUGGAUGUCACACAACGUCAGUGAAUGUCACUGGAUUCAAACGGGAGGAUUCAAUUCCACACUCUUCAAUAAUGGACAUGUCUAUGUCUCGGCAUUCAUCGAAAUGGUCAUGAACUUGUUCCUUACGGGACAAUUAAACAUGGGUGUUUUUGCGGCGGCCCCAUCCGACGAGGAGGAAAGUUUCUGCAAUGACCAGGGUCGCAUUGCUAUACUGCAUCUCGCCAAUGGAUUGGCCGGUACUGUGCCCAAUGAAAUUGGAUUCUUGACGGACAUUUCCGAACUCGUCUUUUGGCGCAACAUUGAUAUCGCCCUAUUCCCUCUGAAAUUGGAAGGCUCUCCAAUCUCAAACAUUUCUCCUUUGAUUCUUGUCCCCUCUUGA